UUAACCAUUUUCACAUGUCAUCGUACAAACAAUGUCCUAACAUCAUCAUCAUCCGCGAAUCGAAUCGAAUCGCAUCUAAAAAAAUCAACACUCAAAAUUCAGCUAACCAAUCGGUCGGUGUUCAUAAACUUCUCCCGCUUCGUCUUCCCCGGACACCCUCUCUCUCUUCUCUUCAACUUUACACAUCGAGAUUCGGAGAAGAGGAAGAGGUUGAUCUAAAUUCUUCUAAGUUACGGAUUUCUGCAUCAAUGGCUUUCAUUUCAUUCAUCGGCAGACUUCUCUUCGUUUCCGUCUUCAUUCUCUCAGCUUGGCAAGAGUUCAGUGAAUUUGGGGUUGAUGGUGGACCAGCGGCCAAAACCCUGAAACCCAAGUUCAAUAUCUUCUUGAAGCAUGUGACUGAUCAUACUGGGUUGAAAGUGCCAGAUGUUGAAAUCAAACAUUUAAUUGCAGCUUCAAUUGUUAUGAAGGGAUUGGGAAGCUUUCUUUUCAUCUUUGGGAGUUCAAUUGGAGCCUAUUUGUUGCUUCUUCACAAAUUGAUAGCCACUCCAAUCUUGUACGACUUCUACAACUACGAUGAUGACAGAAAAGAAUAUGGUCAACUUUUUGUUAAGUUUACACAGAGUCUGGCAUUGUUUGGGGCAAUACUGUUCUUCAUCGGUAUGAAUAAUUCAAUGCCAAGAAGAUUGGUUAAAAAGAAGGUUCUGAAAGCCAAAACAGUGUAGAACAAAGGGUGGUGGUGAGUUAUGCAAUUCCACUGAAUCAUUUUGUAUGAUUAUUAUUGUAGUUUUGGAGAUGGUUUCUUCUUCUGUCUUUUUUAGAUUAUGGUUUUCAGAAUGUGACUGGUUUUGUUGGGAAAGUAUUCUUUUUUACAUA